UCUUAAUAUAGGGAAUAUGACUGGCUGAUUGAUAUUUUUAUGAUCAGUGAUGAAGAUCUUGAAAUUGAAGAAGAAAAACAUCAAAAAGAGUUUGAAAUUUUGAAGGCUCCUUUUUGGAUGAAUCUCACUAAAUUCAAUUUUUGUGAUGGAGAUGAAGAUGAUGAGGCGGUACAAAUUCUUACAGAAAAUCUACUCCAAUCCUGAGUGAAUCACGGUAUCAAAAGCCUGGUGUUUACUAAAUGAAAAUUCCCAUUAAUUACUGAGGAAAAUGUACAAAAUAUUGAAAUAAUAACCCCAGAAGAAAAUUUAAGACCUCUUUAUGGAAUAUCUUUUAUAAAAUGUGAAUUUGAGGAAUCUAAACAAUAUGAUAAGGCUGACCAAAUCGGACUCCUCCUCAACUGUGAAGGCCUUCCUUCCCGAUCACCAAGUGGCGACCCUCAACAAGUCGGAGGAGGGAUCUCCAGCAUCACUUUCAAGAACAACGGAUUCUCAGAAGUAGAAAUGGCCAAGCUCAAAGUGUACUUGUGUUAUGCAGAGAACCUAAUGAUUUAUGAAGAAAACUAAA